AUGGAUCCAGAUUCCGACGGGGGCCCGACCCCCGACGAGCAAAAAUCAAAGAAAAGGAAAUUGCCCGAUACUCGCAAAGGAAAUGCCGUCGACUACAAAAUUUUUGCAAAAACAAAUUACACGCGACAAUUCCCAGAAAACCACAGCGUCGACUGCGUAGUCUACGUUGAAUCACAAGAAAACGAAAAAAUUGGUAACAAAAAUCCAAUAACACUUACAAAGUUAUUUACGGAAAAUGUAAAAGGAAUCGCUGGCGUCCACAGAGUGAACGCAUAUAAAGUGGGCAUAAUGUUCAGAAAACCAGCACCGGCCAAUAACUUCCUUACCAUGACACACUUUCUGGGAAAACACAAAUUAAAAGCGUUUGUGCCUGCGCACCUCACUGAAAUUACUGGAGUCAUAAGAUACGUACCUAAAGACUUAAGCAAUGAAGACAUAAACAAAAGCAUUACCUGUGAUGCAGAAGUCAUCUCCGUCAAGAGAUUUAUGCGAAAGGUAGAUGGAAAGCUCACUCCGCUGGGGACCAUUGCAGUGACCUUCGCUGCGACAGCGCUGCCGCAGCACGCCUACAUACAGAUGUUCAGAUACCCGGUCCACAUAUACAUCCCUCCAUUACUACAGUGCUACAAAUGCCUGAAGUUUAAUCACUCUGCGAAAGUCUGCCGAGGAUCUCAAAUGUGUUCUUCGUGCUCCGGACAACACUCCUACAAAGAAUGCGACGUCGAAAAAAUUGUGUGCAUCAACUGUCAAGGUGGUCACUAA